AUGUGUCAGCUAUGUGCUGCAUAUUUUCUUGCAUUAAGAAGGAAGUGUUUUAAUGAGCAACAGCCAAGGAGGGAGCAAGGGUCAACAGGUUCACAGGGAGAUGAUGAGUCAAGAACUAGUAGAAUUGAUGAAAAUGUUCAGGAUAGAUGCAAUCAGGUAGCAGUGGAAGUGAAUCCCAAUGCCCCUCCUCAAGCACCUCCACAACAGCUUCAAGGGUCAUUGGUCCACUGGGAGAGGUUUCUACAUGUUAGAUCCAUUAAGGUCAUGUUGGUUGAAGAUGAUGAUUGUACACGUCACAUUGUAACUGCAUUGCUUCGCAACUGUAAUUAUGAAGUUAUUCAAGCAGGAAUCGGUCUUUUAUGCAAGAUUAUGAGCCACAAGACACGCAAGAAUAUCCCUGUGAUCAUGAUGUCUUCUCAUGAUUCAAUGGGUUUGGUUUUUAAGUGUUUAUCAAAAGGUGCAGUAGACUUUUUAGUGAAGCCUAUUCGGAAAAAUGAGCUUAAAAACCUUUGGCAACACGUAUGGAGGAGGUGUCACAGUUCAAGUGGUAGUGGAAGCGAAAGUGGUACACAGGCUCAAAAAUCUGUAAACUCAAAAAGCAAUGUAAGGUACGAUAACAGUAGCAAAGAUGGGGAUGACAAUGAGAACACCAGUGCCAGUGGUGGUAGUGAUGAUGGUAGUGGCACUCAGAGUUCUUGGACAAAACAUGCUAUUGAACGUGAAAUCCCGGAAUCAGCAAUUCCAUCCAACCAAAUAUCUGAGCAUCCAGACAGCACUUGUGGCAUAGUUAUCCGUUCUCUACAAACUCAACCAAUAAGGGACACCAAUAAUAAUCACAAACCACAACCCUAUACAGAUAACGAUGAAAAUGGCAAAGAGAUUGCAAUAAGCAUGGAAAAUGGGAAAAGUGAAAAGAUUAUGAAUGCCAACGGAAUCCAUGAUUCCAAUGGAGUAGAAAUUGAAGAGCUUGGCACAAAAAGGGCACGUCCUCCAUCUAACAGUGACGAGGAAGAAGUUCAAAAUGGCGGCUGCAGUAUAUUGCAACAUUCAGAGCUUUCAGCCUUCACAAGGUAUAAAACAACCUCAAAUGCUAUAAAGUGUACUCCUGGAAUCAUUGCUAGCUGUUCUCAACCUGAUAAUAGAUCCAACAUCGUGAAGAAAGAAUCCAAACGUGAUGUGCAUUCAGAAGGAUAUCUUAUUUAUCAAGGCUCAAGUGAGCAAGUGAUACCAAAUGACAUGACACCUGGCAAUGUGGUCCAUGAUCAAGAGCUUCACAUCCAUCAUCAUCACCAUGUCCAUCAUUACCAUAACAUAGAAACAGAUGAUCCAUUGCCAAUGUCAAAUGAUGAUGAUGAGGAUGAUGAUGAUGAUGAUGAUGAUGAUGAUGAUUUUGGUCUAACACAAUUGGCUGCAGAUGCCCCACAUUGUGGAUCAUCAAAUAUCAUGGGUGGUGGUAAUGGUAAAGCAGAAGCAGAAGCAGAAGCUAACCUACCAAAUUACAGUUUAAACAAAAGUGCAUCAGGCAGCAGACAUGGAAGCAACGUGCCAAAUGCUGUGAUUUCUGAAGUUGCAAAAUUAGAAAAUGAUGUUUGUUUAGGUGACAAAAAUAAAAUAACAGAUCAUCACAAUGACAAUGACAAUGACAUGUCUGCACAGAGAAAAGCAGCCUUGACUAAGUUUCGCCAAAAAAGAGAACUCAGAUGCUUUCAGAAGAAGGUGAGAUAUCAAAACAGAAAGAGAUUGCGGAGCAAAGGCCACGUGUACGAGGACAAUUUGUGAAGGGAAAAAGUCGCGACAGCUCCACUAAUGCUGCUGAUGGCUAGUUAUCAGGUUGUUUGGUGUAUGUUAAAUACUUAGAAACUUAAAAACAUAAUAAACAUUUAUAACUUGGUUUGCAGAUUUACUGCUAUGUGUAUGAUUUAAUAUAUAUAUAUGUAUAUGGCAAGUUUAGUAUUCUUGAGGGAAAUAGC